CAGUGGUUAAAAGAGCAUGGUGCAGAUGUCAAUGCUGGGGGCAACAAUGGUAUGACCGCAUUGAUGUUGGCUUGUAAGUCUGGUUCUCUGGAAUGUACUCAGUGGUUAGCAGAGCAUGGUGCAGAUGUCAAUGCUAGGAAGACGUAUGGUGGAAUUGCAUUGAUGUGGGCUUGUGAUUCUGGCUCUUUGGAAUGUACACAGUGGUUAACAGAGCAUGGUGAACAUGUCAAUGCUAGGAACUAUAAUGAUAAGACUGCAUUGAUGUGGGCUUGUAAGUCUGGCUCUCUGGAAUGUACACAGUGGUUAACAGAGCAUGGUGCACAUGUCAAUGCUAGGGACUAUAAUGAUAGGACUGCAUUGAUGUGGACUUGUAAGUCUGGCUCUCUGGAAUGUACAAAGUGGUUGGCAGAGCAUGGUGCUGAUUUCAAUGCUAGGAGCAAUGAUGGUGUGACUGCAUUGAUGUGGGCUUGUGAUUCUGGCCCUUUGGAAUGUACUCAGUGGUUAACAGAGCAUGGUGCUGAUGUCAAUGCUGGAGACAUAUUUGGUACAACUGCAUUGAUGUGGGCUUGUGAUUCUGGCUCUUUGGAAUGUACACAGUGGUUGACAGAGCAUGGUGCAGAUGUCAAUGCUAGGGACAAGUAUGGUAGGACUGCAUUGAUGUUUGCUUGUAAGUCUGGCUCUCUGGAAUGUACACACUGGUUAACAGAGCAUGGUGCACAUGUCAAUGCUAGGGACAAUGAUGAUGAGACUGCAUUGAUGUUGGCUUGUAAGUCUGGGUCGCUGGAAUGUACAAAGUGGUUGACAGAGCAUGGUGCAGAUGUCAAUGCUAGUGACAAUGAUGGUAGGACUGCAUUGAUGUUGGCUUGUGACUCUGGCUCUCUGGAAUGUACACAGUGGUUAACAGAGCAUGGUGCAGAUGUCAAUGCUAGGGGCAAUGAUGAUAAGACUGCAUUGAUGUUGGCUUGUAAGUCUGGGUCGCUGGAAUGUACAAAGUGGUUGACAGAGCAUGGUGCAGAUGUCAAUGCUAGUGACAAUGAUGGUGGGACUGCAUCGAUGUUGGCUUAUAGAUCUGGCUCUCUGGAAUGUACACAGUGGUUAAUAGAGCAUGGUGCAGAUGUCAAUGCUAGGAGAAAUGAUGAUGAGAUUUUUAUUGAUGUUGGCUUGUAAGUCUGGGUCGCUGGAAUGUACAAAGUGGUUAACAGAGCAUGGUGCAGAUGUCAAUGCU